UCUGAGGCAGCAGCAGUUCUGACUCCCCUCUCCUGCAGGCAGCACUUGCACUGUCUUUCUCUUCACAUCUGACUCUCUCUCACACACUCGGUCACACACACACACGCACACACUCAUUAUCUCUCACAUACAGACCGGCUUGUGCAUCUUUCACCCACUAGGACAUCUCACAUACAGACAGACAGACAGACAGACAGACAGACAAACACACACUCCAGCGCCAUGCAGAAGGUCCUCUUUUGUGUUUGCGCCUCUGUCCUGCUGGCUACAGCCCCCCUGAGGAGCCUGGAGCUGACUGAGGGGAAACAGACGCAGCAUAGAUGGGACAGUGAGGGAGCUGGGGCUGGGACUGGGGCUGGAUCCUGCUCCCUGAAGCUGAGGCCAGCAGGCCAGUGCGGGGAGGACGACGACUGCCCCUACCAGGUCACCCUGCCGCCCCUCACCAUCCAGCUGCCCAAGCAGUUCAGACUGCUGGAGAAGACCAUGAAGGAGCUGCAGAGCCUGAAGGAGACCGUCCACAAGCUGAAGAGCGCCUGCCUGGAGGGCCGGCAGCAGGCUGACCAGAGCCUCCAGAGGGACAGUGGGGAGGCAGGGGGCCCAGGGCUGGGGCAGUCAGCCGGGGCCAGUAAGGAGGAGCGUGGGGACGGACCCGGGGACAGCGGUCCAGGGAAAACGCUUCACGAGAUGCAGACCAAGAUGCACCGCAUGUCGGCCAGCCUGCGUAACGCCCGGGGUCAGAUCACCUCCCUUCAGGGGCGCGUGGAGGAGCUGAGCCUCAUCAACAUGCAGAACGUGGAGGCCAUGGUGGACAGCCGUGUGGAGAACAUCACAGGACUGGUGAAGAAGCUCAGCACCACGUGCACCAACCAGUGUGCCGUCACCAACACCCCACAGUUCAUCCUGGCUCCCAGGGACUGCUCCGACUACGACGUGCUGGAGGAGAAGAAGAACGGGGUGUACCGCGUGACACCGGACCCCAAGAACGGCACGUUUGAGGUGUACUGCGACAUGGAGACGUUUGGAGGGGGCUGGACCAUGGUGCAGCAGCGCCUCAAUGGCUCCAUCAGCUUCAACCGCACCUGGGCCGAGUACAAGAAAGGCUUCGGAGACCUCCGGGGUGAAUUCUGGUUGGGUAACGACCGCAUGCACCUGCUGACCAAGGAUAAGGACAUGGUCAUACGCAUCGAGCUGGAGGACUUUGAGGGUGUCCGGGAGUACGCCAAGUACGACAAGUUCUACGUCGCCAACGAGUUCCUUCGCUACCGGCUCUCCAUGAGCGGCUACAGCGGCACAGCCGGCAACGCCAUCAACUUCAACAAGGACUUCGAACACGACCAAAAGUUCUUCACCACGCCAGACCGGGACAACGACAGGUACCCAUCUGGAAACUGCGGGGCCUAUUACAGCUCGGGCUGGUGGUUCGACGCCUGCAUGUCCGCCAACCUCAACGGCAAGUACUACCACAAGAGGUACAAAGGAGUAAGGAACGGGAUCUACUGGGGAACGUGGCACAACAUGAGCACAGAGUUCUACCCCACCAACUACAGGCAGGCCUUCAAGACCGUCAAGAUGAUGAUACGCCCCAAGAACUACGCUCCCUAGGAGCUAGCGUGGCUGGCUGCUUCCUCUGGGGAGGGCUAGGGGAAAAGUUUAGGGUUGCUGGGUAAAUUGAGUAUAAUUGGACAAUUCCCAUGACAUGAGUCUUUUUUUUCAUAUUUACAUUUUACACCCUCUACCACUCUGGUUCUUACUGUAUGCAUUAUCGUUUCUUAAACAGGACUGUACAGUACACACAUGCACAUACCAGUCAAACUGGUCAGAGCUCGAAUAAUGUAUUGAUAUAAUACUGCCAUCUACUGUUAGACUAAUGCCAUCAGCCUCAAUUACUAAACUAAAACCCCAUGUAGGCUGUAUAGAGUAGAUACGAAGGAUGAGUCAAGAAGUACAUGUACAGUAUUUAUUUUUUGGAUUACAAUAGCUUUUUAUUAUACUAAUAUAUAUUCCAUUUAUUCAGGUUGUGCAUAGUUAAGUGGUGUUUUCUCCAAUUUAACUGUUGAGUCAUAAGAUCGUCAUUCAAAUGCAAGGUACCCCUCCAGAACAAUUUAUUUGUGUAAGACUAAAAAAGAUUUGCCUAUCUUCCAAAUGUCAAAAAGUAUGUGUGUACAUUUAGUGUUUUGUGUAUAUAUUAGUUUUUCUAUCAUCGUUAUGUCUUGUUCAAAAACAUUUACUUUUAUAUGAAACAUUAAAGUUACACUAGCUUUG